AACCAACUGAAACAGCAUCAUCAGACGCUAACUAGCUAUUGUAGCAAGCGCACUGUAACCACGGAAACAAUAACGUAUAGAACACAAGCGCUUAUGGCGUGGUUAAAGUUACAUCCACAAACUGUCAUUGAUUGUUUGUAAAAUUAAAGAGAAUGGCUGAUGAACUCGCAAUGACAAAAACACGACCCAGUUCCUCCGAGUCUCCGCCGGCUGAAUCCCCUGAAAGCAUGGGAUGCACCAAUAGGGGCGUGAAUGCAUCUCCUCCCUGUUCCUCAGAUGUGUUGAGUCCCUCACAAACCGGAUAUGCAAAAAAGGAAUUUAUGAGGAUGGCACCUAAAGAAAAGCUCAAACACUUUGACAGCCAGGCUCAGGCCCGUGAAGACAUCCAAGAGUUUGAUGCUUGCAUCCAGGAUCUGGUGCGUUGUGUGGCUCUGACUAGGCUGGUGCAUGGGGAUGGACAUCUGAAACUGGCCCAGGCACAUGCCAGACUGGCUAAAGCAUAUUUUCAGUUCAAAGGCUGGGGACUGCAGGCCCAGGAGCAUUCGGCUCUGGCCAGAAAGCACCUGCUGCCUUUCUGCCCCUCCAUCUCCUCCAGCAGAGGUGAAAAUCUCGAAGUUCUCAUGUGUCUACUGAACGUACACCUCACACAGGGAGGCGCUUCACUGCUUACAGCCAAUCUUGGGGAGGCUGAAUCCUCUUUUCUGGAGGCAGAACAUGUUCUUGAGGAGCUUCAUCAACAUGGUGGCAUCAACCAGGAAGAGAAGAUGAAGACUGCGCUGGAAAUCUCCACUAGUCUAUCCAGGGUCUAUAGGAGACAGAACAGACCAGAGGAGGCCUUAAGCCAGUGUGAGAAGUCUCUGCAACGGCUGAAGGAUUGUGGUAAGCCAGAGAAGACCUCUUCGGUCUAUAGGGACAUGGCCGCCAUUGAACAGGACAAAGGUCAUUUGGACCAAGCCAUAGAGCAUCUCUCCAAGGCUCAUGCCAUUGCUAUGAGUCACAGCCCAGAAGAGCUAGAGGGGGCUCAGAUCUCCCACAGCCUGGCCCUCAUCCUUUCUGCUGCAGCAGAGCCCCAUCACAAUGACUCUGCAGGUCACUACUUUGAGCAGAGUCUGAGUGCAUACAAAAACUCUGUAGGUCCACAGGAUCCAGCUUUUCUCGCGGUCCAGGAUGAUUUCUGUCGUUUCCUCCUACUCAGUGGCCACAAAGAGAGAUGUGUGGAAAUCCAGAGAGCUUCUCUCGCUACAAAGAGUUCUACUUUCGGUGACCUGAGUGCUGAGGUAGCAGACACCCUUCAGCUGAUAGGAAGUAUGGAGAUGAGUGAGGGCAGGGUGAAGCAGGCCCACAGGACCAUGACAAAGUGCCUGGAGAUCCAGAGUUUGUUGUACGGUCCUCAGCACAAGACGACAAAAGCUACACAAAAAGCCGUGAACAUGCUGGCACGGGCACCAGAGGUAGCUGAGAGACAGAGGCAAGGUAUAAGAAAAACAACACUUUCAGUUGUACCAUCCAGUAGCAAUGAUGGAAACUCAGUGUCUGAGUCUUAAAAUAUUUUGUCAGUACAAUAAUCUUGCAGCUUUGUACCAAGAAAUACUGACAUGUUUGUCUGUCUGUUAGAUAACACAGGCAACUACCACUGCUGAAAAUUAGCUUCAAUCGCACUAGUCAUGUCCACUGGCAUUACAUGUAUGUGUGUCACUUUGUACAUUAGUUGAUAUAAGUUCACUUUGAAGAAAUACUCACACUCAGAAAACAUACCAACAAUAGGUUUUAAUUGUGUUAAGAUAUGAAUCAGUUUCCAAAUAAGGGCUGGAACUUUUUUUUACCAAAGCAAUAAUGCCAUUUGUUCAAUAUAAAUCAUUAUGUCAAUAAAAACAAUGGUGUUGGACUA